UCCGGAAGUGGUCGCCUAGCUCAAGGAUAGUUCGGGCUAGAGCGUCUGGUGAGGGAAGAGGGAGCCACGAGUUCUUUGCUAGGUGUUCGUGUCGUUCUUUGUGUUUAGGGAGGUGGUGGUUGUCGGUGUCUUGUAUUUUCUCUUCUAACCCGUGCGGAGGACUUCAGGAUUUUCUGUCCCCUCCUUGUCCCUUUACGUUAUUGGUUGGAGUGUCACCACUGAGAAAAGGCGCCCUCCCGUCCCGGCGGGGAAGACCAAAAACUAGGUUGUAGGAAAAGCAAAUAGAAGCCAUGUUUCGGAGACCUGUAUUACAGGUAUUUCAUCAGUUUGUAAGACGUGAGUCUGAAGUAGCUAGCAGCCUGGUUCUUGAAAGAUCUCUGAACCGUGUGCAGCUCCUUGGGCGAGUGGGUCAGGACCCCGUCAUGAGACAGGUGGAAGGGAAAAACCCAGUCACGAUAUUUUCUCUAGCAACGAAUGAGAUGUGGCGGUCAGGGGAGAGUGAAGUAUACCAAAUGGAUUUAGGUGAUGUCAGUCAAAAGACGACAUGGCACAGAAUAUCAGUCUUCCGACCAGGCCUCAGAGAUGUGGCGUAUCAGUAUGUGAAAAAGGGGUCUCGCAUCUAUGUGGAAGGGAAAGUUGACUACGGUGAAUACACAGAUAAAAACAAUGUGAGGCGACAAGCAACAACAAUCAUAGCUGAUAAUAUUAUAUUUCUGAGUGACCAGACCAAAGAAAAGGCGUAGAGUGGACGGUUCUUCGUUGACCAUCGUUUGGAGGCUCAUCCUUAUGCUUCUCCAGACCCUCACCUGCCUUUUUCUGGUCUGAAAUGUGGACCUGAUGGCUAAAAAUCUCCAGUAGCCAUUUUGGACCACGAGGCUAUCUUCAGGAUGGAGGACAGAAGAGGCUGGAAUCUGCGAUGACCACGCAACCACCAUCUCGGUCCUGGACAGUCUACCUCUGGACUUCUGUGGGAGACACAAAUAAAUCUCUACCUUGUUUAAGCCA